AGAGGGAAGAGGAGCGGAGCGGAGCGGAGAGAGGGAAGAGCAGCAGCAGCAGCAGCAGCAGCAGCAUUAGGGCGAUUUCGCUGAGAACAGCAGUUCCUUCCCUCCAGCAGCGUUUGCAGCACAUUCAUCAGGAACCGUGUGAGCGCCGCCACAGCAAAUCCGAAGUGCUGAACUUCAUUCAGAAGGCUUUUGUUGAACGCCUUCAGAACUGGAUCAGAUAGCUCGACCCGGUUGUUCUUGUCUCGGCGUAUUUAACCUUAUAAUGCUUUUUAAUGUUCACCGGAGCGAGUGGAGCCUGGCAUCAUGGGUUUGCUGUUACCAGCCAGUGUGCUGAAGUGAGCUGGACCCUCUCUUCACUGUAAACUCUUCCCCUCCCCCAGGGGUUAUCCCCUACUCUCAUCUAACGGGGGACCAGCAGUCAUGGCGGGCAUCAAGCGUGGCUAUGACGGCAAGAUUGCUGGACUGUACGACCUGGACAAGACAUUGGGCCGCGGGCACUUUGCUGUGGUUAAACUGGCGCGCCAUGUCUUUACUGGGGAGAAAGUAGCAGUGAAGGUCAUCGACAAAACCAAGCUUGACACGGUUGCCACUGGUCACCUCUUCCAGGAGGUUCGCUGCAUGAAGCUGGUACAGCACCCCAACAUCGUGCGCCUCUAUGAAGUCAUUGACACCCAGACAAAGCUCUACCUGAUCCUGGAGCUGGGGGACGGAGGGGACAUGUUUGAUUACAUCAUGAAACAUGAGGAGGGUCUGAAUGAAGAGCUGGCUAAGAAAUACUUUGCUCAGAUCGUUCAUGCCAUCUCCUACUGCCACCGGCUACAUGUGGUGCACCGCGACUUGAAGCCUGAGAAUGUGGUGUUCUUUGAGAAGCAGGGCCUGGUCAAGCUGACCGAUUUCGGCUUUAGCAAUAAGUUUCAGCCAGGGAAGAAGCUGACGACCAGCUGCGGCUCUUUGGCAUACUCUGCCCCUGAGAUUCUGCUGGGGGAUGAGUAUGAUGCACCUGCAGUAGAUAUCUGGAGCCUAGGAGUGAUCCUCUUCAUGCUGGUAUGUGGACAGCCUCCCUUCCAGGAGGCUAACGACAGUGAAACCCUCACCAUGAUCAUGGACUGUAAAUACACUGUACCAACCCACGUCUCCAAUGCCUGCAAAGAUCUGAUAAACCGGAUGCUGCAGAGAGAUCCCAAGCACCGAGCCUCGCUGGAGGAGAUUGAGAGCCAUGCGUGGCUGCAAGGUGUGGACCCUUCCCCGGCCACCAAGUUCAGCACGCCCCUUGUGUCCCACAAGAACCUGUCUGAGGAAGAACACAACAGCAUCAUCCAGCGUAUGGUGCUAGGAGAUAUCGCAGACCGUGAGACCAUUGUUGAAGCCCUAGAGACUAAUAAGUACAACCACAUCACGGCUACCUACUUUCUGCUAGCGGAGAGGAUCUUACGGGAGAAGCAAGAGAAGGAGGUGCAGCCACGGUCCUCCAGCCCCAGCAACAUUAAGGCCCACUUCAGGCAAUCCUGGCCAACUAAAAUCGACAUGCACCAGGACAUUGAGGACAGUCUGGCGGCUUCGUCUAUCUCUCACGCAGGGGGACCGCAGUCUCCGGCCCGUAGCGCAGAGAACUUGCUAAAUGGCCACCGCAGUAAAGGGCUCCUGGAGCUGGCCCGACGGGAGGAGAGCAGCGAGGCAUGCAGUAGCUCCAUUCCAUCUGGCCCAACAGCCCUUGUCCCUCCAAGUCCCCUCAAGGCCAGCGGUGUGGCCCUACCUACAUCAGCCUCUGCGAAGCAGCGCACCUGCCUCUUCCGGGUGGAGGAGGAUGAGGAGGAAGAGGAGGAGCAGGAGCCAUCUCCACUCCCCACCCAGGUAAUCCUGCGCCGCAAGCCACCAUCCAUCACCAACCGUCUGACGUCACGCAAGAGUGCCCCUGUGCUUAACCAGAUCUUCGAGGAGGAGGGCGAGUCGGAUGAUGACUUUGACAUGGACGAGAGCCUGCCACCAAAGCUCAGUCGUCUUAAGAUGAACAUGGCAUCGCCCGGCACAGCACAAAAGCGUUACCACCGCCGCAAGAGCCAGGGCCGCGGCUCCAGCUGCUCUAGCUCAGAGACCAGUGAUGACGACUCAGAGAGCCACCGCCGUCGCCUGGACAAAGAAUCCGGGUUCACAUAUAGCUGGAACCGGAGGGACAGCAGCGAAGGGCCACCAGGAAACUCUGGAGGGAAUGGAGGGGGUGGCAGCAGUGGAGGACAAAGCAAACCCCCAGGGGAGGGCAACUCUGGACCGGACAGAGGUAGCCCUCCUGGAGGUGGCAGCAAUGGUAGUGGAGAUAGUGGUGGGAAUGCAGGAGGCGGGGGAGGGGGUUCUAAAGGACAGGGAAGCCCCUCCAGCUGUUCCAGUGGCAGCAACAACCCCUCGUCUGGAUCAACUCGCAGUGCAGCCAGGAGUGCCGGCGAACUGGUGGAGAGCCUAAAGCUCAUGAGCCUGUGUUUAAGCUCACAGUUUCGCAGCUCAAGAGCAGGUGGAGGAGGACAUUUCAUCAUCGAUCCGCAGAACCUCUCUAGCGUCAAAGUUCAGGAGAAGUCCUCCUGGAAGAUGUGCAUUGGCUCCAACAGCAGCCUGGACAAGGUGGCUGUGCCUGGUCAUGCUAGCAAUGUCAGUGGUGGGUCAGUGGAGCGUUACCCGGACCAAACGGCAACCAUGCUGAAUGGACUAGGUCUAGCCAAGGAGAACAACCUGAACUUGAAAAACAAUGUGCUCCAGCUACCUCUGUGUGAAAAAACCAUCUCCGUAAACAUCCAGAGGAGCCCAAGGGACGGGCUGCUUUGUACGUCUGCCCAGGCCAGCUGCUGCCAGGUCAUAUGAUGGCGGGUUGCAUGACUGGUCCUCGUAGCGGAUUGCUCUUAUCGCCAUAUUUGUAGCAUAAUGAGGACUUGAGUACUCUUCCAGUAGCUGUGUAUGACCUUUCCUGACCCUCAGCAGACCUUUUUGCCACCUGCCUUCUAUGUCGUCUUAAUCAUUCUUACAACAUAUUUAUUGAGUUCCUUUUUUUUCCUUUUGGGGAUUUUAUGAGAUGCAUGCUGCUAGCCUUUGUUGUUUUUUUGUUUUUGAAAGAGGGUCCUUUUUAGUCCCACUGAGCAUUUUACAUUUGACUCCCUGCUGAUUUUUGUUUUCUCUACUUCUUUUCCCAUCACUUUUUUUUUUUUUUUUUUUUUUUUUGGCUUUUAAUCUCCUGAAAAAAAGCGCUUAAUAGAUUACGGUUGGGCAUUGGUCAGUCAAUCAAAUAGAAUUGUAGAUCUGUAUGACAAAAUAUUUAAUAAAGAUAAAUAUAACCAAAAGUGUGACAUAGUAGCACACACUAGUUAAUAUGAGCACUUAUGUUCCCAACAGAUAUAAAUCAAGACCCAAAUUAAGUCCAGUCAAAAUAAUAAAGCCUAUUUUAUUAACAAAACAGCACCAGGUUUGAUUACUGCCCAUGUCUUAAACUAAAUCACAAGUUUACAAUUUAGCAAAUGAUCUUAUUUAUUAAUUUGGAGGCAGAUGAUUCGCUGUGGCGACCCCUAAAGGGAGCAGCCGAAAGAAGAUCUUAUUUAUUAAUUCAGUUACACAUUGAAUAGUGUAUAAUAGUUGUUUUUGACUUUCAAACUACUUUCAGCAGGAUGUAUUUAAAAGAGUUGUGAAUACUAAUAACAAGCAGUUUUUACAUCUACGAUUGAAUGUGCUUUUUUUCCUCCUAAUUUUAGGUAUUUUCCUAAAACAAAACUUUACUGACAAUCAGUCAGGAAAUUGAGUUGUUUCUUGUAAGAAUUACAGGAGUAUCUGUGUAACUUGGAAUUUGUGAUAUACUGACAAAUUGUUCUCCUGUGAUUCUGAAAAAUAAGCUUUAGUUUACCGAUUCAGUCUUAAAGUUUUAAAUAUAUAUACUACAAAGUGAACACAGAUGAAGCAGGAUAUUGUGUGUAGUGAGACUGAAUUUGUAAUUGAUCUCUCUGAAAUACCCACUGAAUAUAAUUAUUUCAAAAAUUCAUCCAAAGAAGUAACAUUCAUAUCCAAACAGAAGUCACAUCUUUUUUGUCUUUUUGCACCCAUAUGUAGAUAUUAAGACGACUUGGUCUUGACGCUGCAGUAGUGUGCAAGGCCCACAGGUUUGGAGAAAGUAGACUUGCUGGAGUUGCACAGAUACUGGCUGCAUCCGAUCUGUAAGGAAUCCGUUCAAACAAUGCUCAAAACUUUGGCUGUGUUCUGAAGGCUUUUUUUUUUUUUUACUGGAGGAAAGGUGGAAAAUUAAGACGUGCAUAAUUCUCUCCACACUAGGAAAUGAAUUCCUAGGUGGUGUUAAGCACUAAAUCUCAGCCCAGCUGUUCUCACCUUAGUCUUUUUUUUUUUUUUUUUUUUUUUUUUUUUUUUUUUUGCAGUUCACACUUUUGUUACUGUAUGUGCCAGUCUCCAAUUAAGGCUGGCCUUAGAUGUCUAUAGGGUAUGUAAAUAUGUUUUUAAAAGUUUAUUUUGUUUGAAAAGACUGCUGAUUUAAAAUGCUGUGUUGAAUACAGGCAUCGGGUUGGCUUUAGAGUUAAAGCCAUGCUGGUUCAUCACCUGGCAGCCUGGCUCCAGGUAUUCUUGAAACCUUAACAAGCUUCUUACAUGUGGCCACUCUUUCAGGAAAUACAGCGUCAGGAGUUGGCUUGUGAAUGACCAUUACCUGGUGUAGAGGGUGAGAUAAAAGCUAUAAAGGGCCCAUGCUGAACCAGAGUGGAGUGGAGUGGGGUAGGGUAAGAGAUUUUAAAGGGCAUUGGCAAUAAGCUAUAAGUUGCAGCUAUUUGUAAAUAUACAUAUUUUUGUUUUAUAUUUCAUAACAUGUACAGCAUUAGAAUGGCUCACUUGACCGAAAAAAAAAGAAUUAUCUUGAGUAUUUUUGUUUUUCUUUUUAAACAAUAAGGUCUGUAAAUAUUGAUGUAAAUAUGGUGCUCUCUAUAGAACUGCAGUGUUGGCCAUCUUGGUUCAUAGCUGUAAUAUAGCCUUAUUAGUUCUGAGUGUCUCAAACAAAUUUAGCAAAGUUGAAAAAGAAACCAGUGCUAUAUUCAUAAUGUCAGUCUCAGACUUUUGUCCUACCCUGGUGUAAACAGGUGAAAUGACAUGUGCAUGUGUUGUACGUUUGACAUAAUUGAUCCACGUACGUUGAGGGAAAAGAACCACCACAAAAUGUUACUGGACCAAAACCAUGUACUGACUUAUAAAGAAAAACGACAGUGAAAAAGCAAAAUGAAUAAAUGUUUUGUUGUUGAAAUUUGUCCUCAGAAGUUACAUAUAGCUAUGGUAAUGUCUGAAAUUAAAUGUUGUGGAAAAUGUCUUUA